CGCCCGCCCGGGGGCCGCCCCCUCCUCUCCCCACCCCCCCACCGCCACCCACCCGGGCCGGGGCGCGCGAGAAGCGGUGACGUCAAGGGGCGCGCGGUGGCAGCACCUCCCCGCGCGCUGGUUAAAAAGAAGAAGAAAAGAGGGAGCGAAACAUGAGAGGCUGUGCGCGAAGCUGCAGCCGCCGGCAGAGGAGACCCGAGCAUCAUCUGGAGCCCCGCGCCGGCCCUGCGUCCGCCUGCCCCGCCACCACCGCCGCCGACUCGGUUCCUGCUACUGUCUCACCUAAACAGCUCCCGUUACACGGACCCGUGAACCUCUAUGACCGUCUUCUCUCCUUCCUCCUCCUCUUCCAACUCCUUCUCCUCCUCCCACUUCCCGGCAGCAGCGGAAAGCCCCUAACCCAUCUGACACUGGCACGGCCGCAAACGCUGUCAUCUGCGCCACUUGAUCUCAGGCUGUGGACCCAUCGCCUCGUCUUUGACUUUUUGCAAAGUUGCAUCGCUCUACCUAGUUUCGCCCCUGCCAUCUCCCUCUGGCUCUCUAGUGUCCCGCCGCCCCGCAGCCUCCUCCUGGAGCAGCGCCCUAGUGCCCCUGCUGGGCAGUGGCCUCCCCCCCCACCCUCCCGCGUGCAGCUCCUGCCACUCCCGGCAGACGAUGUUCAAGAUGUUGUCCUUUAAGCUGCUGCUGCUGCUGGCCGUGGCUCUGGGCUUCUUUGAAGGAGAUGCUAAGUUUGGGGACAGAAGCGAAGGCAGCGGAGUGAGGAGGAGAAGGUGUCUGAAUGGGAACCCCCCGAAGCGCCUGAAAAGGAGAGACAGGCGGAUGAUGUCCCAGCUGGAGCUGCUGGGUGGAGGGGAGCUCCUGUGCGGUGGCUUUUACCCUCGGCUGUCCUGCUGCCUGCAGAGUGACAGCCUGGGACUGGGUCGCCUGGAGAACAAGAUAUUUUCCACAACCAAUAACACAGAGUGUGGGAAGUUGCUGGAAGAAAUCAAGUGUGCACCUUGCUCUCCACAUGCCCAGAGUCUGUUCCACGCACCGGAGAGAGACGUCUUGGAAAGAGAACUCAUACUUCCCCUGCUCUGCAAAGACUAUUGCAAAGAAUUCUUUUAUACCUGCCGAGGCCAUAUUCCAGGUUUUCUUCAAACAACCGCUGAUGAGUUUUGCUUUUACUAUGCAAGAAAAGAUGGUGGGUUGUGCUUUCCAGACUUCCCAAGAAAACAGGUCCGAGGACCAGCAUCUAACUAUUUGGAUCAGAUGGAAGAAUAUGACAAAGUCGAAGAGAUCACCAGAAAACACAAACACAACUGCUUCUGUGUUCAGGAGGUUGUGAGCGGGCUGCGACAGCCUGUGGGUGCUGUGCACAGUGGCGAUGGCUCUCACCGUCUCUUCAUCCUGGAAAAAGAAGGUUACGUGAAAAUCCUCACCCCUGAAGGAGAAAUGGUCAAGGAGCCUUAUUUGGACAUUCACAAACUUGUUCAAAGUGGAAUAAAGGGAGGAGAUGAAAGAGGACUGCUAAGCCUUGCAUUCCACCUCAAUUACAAGAGAAAUGGAAAGCUGUAUGUGUCUUAUACCACCAACCAAGAACGGUGGGCUAUGGGGCCUCAUGACCACAUUCUUCGAGUUGUGGAAUACACAGUAUCCAGAAAAAAUCCUCAUCAAGUUGAUUUGAGAACAGCCAGAGUGUUUCUCGAAGUAGCAGAACUCCACAGAAAGCAUCUCGGAGGACAACUGCUCUUUGGUCCCGAUGGCUUUUUGUAUGUCAUUCUCGGAGAUGGGAUGAUCACUCUGGAUGAUAUGGAAGAGAUGGAUGGGUUAAGUGACUUCACAGGUUCAGUGCUACGGCUGGAUGUGGACACAGACAUGUGCAACGUGCCUUACUCCAUACCCCGGAGCAACCCCCACUUCAACAGCACCAACCAGCCCCCAGAAGUGUUUGCCCAUGGGCUCCAUGAUCCAGGCAGAUGUGCUGUGGAUCGACAUCCCACUGAUAUAAACAUCAAUUUAACAAUACUUUGUUCAGAUUCUAAUGGAAAGAACCGUUCAUCAACCAGAAUCCUACAGAUAAUAAAGGGAAAAGAUUAUGAAAGUGAGCCAUCACUUUUAGAAUUCAAGCCAUUCAGUAACGGUCCUCUGGUUGGUGGAUUUGUUUACCGAGGUUGCCAGUCAGAACGACUGUAUGGAAGCUAUGUGUUUGGAGAUCGUAAUGGGAAUUUCUUAACUCUCCAACAAAGUCCUGUGACCAAGCAAUGGCAAGAAAAACCACUCUGUCUUGGCACUAGUGGCUCCUGUCGAGGAUAUUUUUCAGGUCACAUCUUGGGAUUUGGAGAAGAUGAAUUAGGUGAAGUUUAUAUUUUAUCAAGCAGUAAAAGUAUGACCCAGACUCACAAUGGAAAGCUCUAUAAAAUUGUAGAUCCAAAAAGGUCCUUGGUGCCUGAGGAGUGCAGAGCCACAGUGCAGCCCGCACAGACCUUGACCUCGGAGAGCUCCCGGCUCUGUCGGAAUGGCUACUACACCCCCACGGGACGUUGCUGCUGCAGUCCAGGCUGGGAGGGCGACUUCUGCAGAAUCGCAAAAUGUGAGAAAGCAUGUCGUCAUGGAGGUGUCUGCGUCAGACCGAACAAGUGCCUGUGUAAAAAGGGAUUUCUUGGUCCUCAGUGUGAACAAGUGGACAGAAACAUCCGCAGAGUGACCAGGGCAGGUAUUCUUGAUCAGAUCAUUGACGUGACCUCUUAUUUGCUGGAUCUAACAAGUUACAUUGUAUAGUUUCUGGGACUAUUUGAAUAUUCCUUUCCAGUGGGCAUUUAUUUUUAUCCUGUCAUUAAAAAGAGAGACUGUUAUCCUGCUA